AUGAAUCCAAGCAAAAUUGAAGAGGAUCUGUUCCACCAUCUGGGCCCACCACCAUCCCACCAUGAACAGUUUAUAGACCAUCGCCAACCUCAAUCUCAGCCGUCCAUUGACGACGAUGCCUUCUCCCUUGACCUCUUCCGGGACGAGGACGACGAUGAUAUCAGCCACACGUCAUCCGACGGUGAACUUCCUAUAACCCUUCCAAACGAUGCGGCCCCGUCUCGAAACCCUAAUUUGGCGAGUUCCCAAAUUGAGAGUAAUGGGAAUAAUGAUAAUAGGGCAAUUUAUCGCCGCUCCGUGCAUAUUAAUCCCGAGCCACACGUAUCGUCGCAAUUUUAUACUUUUAAUAAGGAAUCUCAUGCUUUGAUGGUCCAGUGCUUGAUUGAAGGCAGGCUUGCUACCCCCGAAGAAAUCCGGGCUGUGACUCCGACGGCUGUGCUUGCCAGUUGGCGGUCCGUGUGGAAGGACCGUAACGAGGAUACUGCCUACUUGACCGCAUGGAAGCGGAUCCAGGACAAGCUAACGGUCCAAGUUGCAGACACCGCCUUGGCUUCUGCUGCCGCUGGUAAUAAUAAUUUCCUCUGCUUCAAGAAUAAUUGCAAUCAAUUUGUUUCCCAUGUAGAUCAGUGGCAGGAUAUAGUCAUGUCAUUUCAUGGUGAUGCCGAUUUAAAACACUUGGGGCUUAAAGAAACAGUGGAGAGAAUUAAGCAAGUGUGGACUGUAGGUGCUAAAUUUUAUGGUAUCCCUGAGGGUUAUAUUAGGACAUAUGUAGCGUCCUGCCCAGUGUGCUUGGAUGAGUCUUCUGGAUGUGCGCCUCGCUCAAAGAGGCGCAGAUUUGAAUAUACCGAGUCUUUUGAUGUGCCUGCCAAGGAAGUUCCUGUUAAGUUGCAACAAUUGGCUGCUAAGCAUAAGGUGGUGUUGUGCAUAAGACAAAAAUAUAUUAGGUACAAGCCUUUUAUGGCUGAGGUCAAGGAUUACGCUUGUCAUAGGGCAGGCGAGCCUGCAUCUAAGAAAUCCCGGAUUUUGAAACGGGAGCCCUAUGCAUCAAAGAGGUGCGGAUGUGGGUUUCGGAUUCGAGCGAUCGUUCCAAUAUCAAAUUAUAACGAGAAGGAUAAGACAUUUGUCUAUGAGGAUGAGGGUACAGCUGUAUUUAAGCUGUAUGCAGUGCAUUCAGGGCAUGAGCCAGGGCCACUGGAUGGGAAUGCGAGGAUAAUGCAUCGAAUGGUUGGACAUAAAGGGGGAUUUCUGACGGAUCACGAUACACUGUUUGGAAUGUCUGAAGAAGGGGAAAAUGAAGAUUUCAGGUUCCUGGGAAAGAAUUCUGGGGACAUACAGCAUUUGGCUUUGCAGAAGGUUCAGGAAUUAAGGAAUGAGUUAGGGUUUCUUGAAGGGAGAAUCAUGACAAUCCAGCCCUCCUUGUUAGGUUCUUUGACGCAUGAGCUUUUUGACAUUACAAAUAAACUUAGAAAUAUAACGGAAGAUGCUUCGAAAUCGGUAGGGUUGCCAUCAGAGAAGCAGCACCUGGAUGAUGUCUUGGUGGUAGAGCAUGAUUUACCAGAUUGGUGUGACGAUCAUCGUCCACAGAUCUAUGGUGAUGGCAAAGAUGCUGAUGUUAUUGAAGAUGACGAGGACAGCUUUGGGCGAACUCUUGGGGAGGUUGCAUCUUGGGAUCGGAUGAGGGCUGAGAGUAGGAACGAGAAGGAUCUACUAAGAGAGACUUGUAAAGAAGAGAAGUGGUUAAAAUGUGGCCAGUUCGAUGAGAAGGGUAUGCUGUGUGAUUCGAAGCUGAUCAAGCCCUCGAGGCAUGAAGAGGCUGUGGAUUCAGAUGUAGGUCUUUCUGGUAUACAGGUGGACGGCUUCUAUCCUGAAAAUCCAAAAUGGUUUGACUCUCCUUGUAGAUUAGACCGUGAUGCAGAUUGCAGCAAUGGUGGAUUUGAGCAUGGAUAG